AUGCCCGGAAACUGGCUUAGAGGUAUCAAGGGCCUUGUCACGGGCUUGCUUUUGGCUUCGGCCUUCUGCUCGUUCAUCAUCGACAUUAUAAUGAUCCUCAAAGUGAGGCAUUACAGCAGCACCUACCCCCCUGCAGUCGUCGCCCUUAUAGUCUGCUCAAUCUUGGAGUGGCUUUAUGUUCUCAUGCUCAUGAUCAUGCCGAGAUCGAACAUGUUCCGGGCCACUUCCGUCGCAGCUGUCAUUGGUCUUUUCACCUGUUUUAGCUUUGCCUGUAUCGUCGCUACGACCGUUCUUCGACACCACUCAAAGUACUGUGACACCAGCCUUGCAGACAACGGCGAUCUUUGUGGUGUCCUUCGAGGUACCGAAGGUCUUGGUUGGAUGCUCUUUGGGUUCAACCUGAUCUACCUGUGUCUUCUCCCCGUCCUUGCUAGUGGCGGCCACUGGAGCCGAACCAUACACGAACUUCCCUACGAAGAGAAGUUUGUCGACGAGGAGAAGGCUCCUGCUCACUAA